GGUCGCCGUCUGCUGGCUGAAGAAAAACAACAUGAAGUCGCUCUUGAAAUUACACUCAUUAAAAAGCUUCCUCAGGCCUUCUCUGCCCUCUGCCAUCGUCCAUGGACUCCCCGGCAGACAGUCUUCACACUUUACCUACGUUCCUGACACGGUUGCAGAGGCGGAAGGAGAGACCGUGAGGCAGAACUUGUUCCAGUCCAUCAAUUCAGCUCUGGAUUUUGCCCUGGCCACAGAUGACUCAGCUGUGAUAUUUGGAGAGGAUGUUGGCUUUGGAGGAGUCUUCCGUUGCACAGUUGGCCUGCAGGACAAGUAUGGAAAGGAUCGAGUUUUCAACACUCCCCUGUGUGAGCAAGGCAUUGCAGGCUUUGCAAUUGGAGUUGCUGUUGGAGGAGCAACAUCCAUUGCAGAGAUGCAGUUUGCUGAUUAUAUUUUCCCCGCUUUUGACCAAAUUGUAAAUGAAGCUGCCAAGUAUCGCUAUCGUUCAGGUAAUCUCUUUGACUGUGGGAAGCUGACGAUUCGCGCUCCCUGUGGUGCUGUGGGACAUGGUGCACUCUAUCACUCGCAGUCUCCCGAGGCCUAUUUUGCUCACACUCCAGGCCUCAAGAUUGUUGUUCCCCGAGGCCCCAUCAAAGCCAAGGGCCUCUUACUCUCCUGCAUUCGGGACGACAAUCCGUGCAUCUUCCUGGAGCCAAAAGUCCUGUAUCGCUCAGCUGUCGAGAUGGUACCCACUAAGGAAUACACACUCCCUCUCUCUACAGCGGAUGUUCUUGACGAAGGAGAUGAUAUAACUCUCCUGGGAUGGGGAACCCAAGUCCAUGUCCUGAGAGAGGUUGCGCAGAUUGCCCGGCAGCAGCUCAACGUGUCGUGCGAAGUGAUAGACCUCGUCACCAUCCUUCCCUGGGAUCGGCAGACAGUUUUCAAUUCUGUGAAGAAAACAGGCCGAUUGAUUAUUGCACACGAAGCACCAAUAACCAAUGGCUUUGGAGCAGAAAUAGCAGCAGCAGUUCAGAACGAAUGUUUCCUACACCUGGAAGCCCCCAUUGAGAGAGUAUGUGGCUUUGACACUCCCUUCCCACAUGUGUUUGAGCCGUUUUACCUGCCAGACAAGUGGCGUUGCUUCAGUGCCGUCAAGAAGUUACUAAACUAUUAAUAUUUGCAGUUAACAAUAACAGUUGUGCAGCUGAUGAUCAUAAGGUUGUUUUCCAUUUGGUAGUUAGUCUAAGUAACAGGUACAAAGGAAGAUAUAAAUUUUGAUUUGGACAAAAGUUUGAUCUUCCAGGGUCUGCAACAUGUGUAAUUGUGUUACUGCAUUUUAGAUAGUUAUUUUUUAUGUGAAAUGUGGUUGGACAUUAUUAUCUUUGCUCACCUGGUAUGCCAUACAAUUUAGUUUUAGAGGUUUUUACAUAUAAAAGGGAAGUGCUGAAGCUUUAGUUGUAUAUUAUAUUUUGGUAGAUUAAAUUUGAUAGGUAUGUGUUCACUAUGGUAUUUUGAUGUUAGAAUGGCUCAGAAUGAACAUUCUUUGUUUGGUAUUUUUAGUCAUUUGGUAAUAAAUUUAAACAGUUGUGUUAUCAGUUGUUUGGAGAUUAAAGUUACUGUAUCACAAACGUACUUAAGGCAGGUUCCAUCGGCUUGUAUGUGUAUAUGUAUACGUGCUUGCACAAAUACACCCUCAAACAAACAAGCACACACAUGCAAUAAAUGUACACAAUUUAGAGAAGAAUUGAAGGGAGAAAACUUGCACAAUGAUGGAAAGGAUUAUGUUCUAUAAUUUUGUUAUGCAAGUUACUAAAGAGAGUAGGACAGGAUCAGCAAGACAUGAUAUUUUAAGUCAGACUAGAUUCAGUCAUUGGACAGUAACACUCAAAUAGCAAUUAGGUUUUAUUAUUGUCUGAUGAGCGGGUCCUUUCUGACUUUAAGGUUUAUGGUUCCUUUCUUACUAGGCUGUUCUAUUUUAGCAUAUACAAUUUACUGAAUUUUCUAUUUUUAGUUCACGUAGUAUUGGGAAAUUGGGACUUGUAGGUUAAAAACUGAGCAGAAUUAGUUUCCUUAGUGUUUUUGACUGUUAUUUGUAGAAAGCGUUUUUUCGUCAUAAGAAUUUUUGGAGCAAAUUCACCAUUGGAAAGAUCAUCACAUUCACAUCUGUGGUAUUUUUUAAACGAAUCUCAUCAUGUUUUAGGUAAUGUCUGUUAUUAAUAUACAUUUGAAAUUAGUAAUGAUUUUUGAAUAUAGAAAACAGUAAGGAAGAAAGAUUUCAGUGCAAAUGAAUCCCUUGUCUGUUGUAACAUUAACUUUAAUAAAAGAUUCUCCAUUAAAAAUAUUAAUUUUUGGCAAGUGUCUUGGAGUUGCACCAUGUCAGACCUUCAAAAAAAAAAAAGAGGUUGUGAUAUCAGGUUUUUGUAGACUAGGAAACCCAAAGGGGAAUAUAAUGUUUUCCAUAAAUGUGCAAAGUAAGGUCAAAGUGUACUCAGAAUGCAAGAAUCACUUGUUGGGUUACUACAAGUUGUCUGCAAGUAUCCUAUUUAGAAAUGUUCAGAUUUACUAAAACGAAGGAGGUCCUCAAUACAUGUAAUGCAUAAAUAUGGUUUGUUCAUUCUACAUAAAACUAUUUUCCUCAGGAUUCACAGUUUGGUGUAUUGUAGAUUUCAUGCGACAGUUUAUUAAAUUUUUCUUUUGUGAUAUUUAGGUAAAAGAGUAAUUGUUAGCUAAGUAAUUAGAUGUUGUAAAUAUAAAUAUAAUUUUUUAGACA